AUGGGAUAUGUAAGCCGUUUGCCAGAAAUGGAAGAUGGAAGAAAAGAGCAAAGACGACAACUACUGUUCCUUUCUGGUACUUGUUACUACCUCACUGUAGGAAUUAUUCUGGAGUAUGUACAAGGUGGUGAGCCAAAGACCAGAUCUAUAGAUCUACUUUAUCUUAGACCUGACACAGAUGCCAUAGCCUUAGUAGAAGAAAUUAGAAAAGGAGAACCUCUCAUCACAGCUUCAUGCAAGGAACACGUCAUACAUUUAGUACGAAGAUUGCAAGAGAAGCUAGAGGAAAAAGAGGAUCACAAGUUCUAUCUUUUUAAGGUACUUAGAGCACAUAUAUUGCCACUGACUAAUGUAGCAUUUAACAAAUCUGGUUCCCGCUUUAUCACUGGAAGCUAUGACAGAACCUGCAAAGUAUGGGAUACUGCAUCAGGAGAAGAGCUACAUACGUUGGAAGGACACAGAAAUGUUGUCUAUGCAAUAGCUUUCAAUAAUCCCUAUGGUGACAAGAUUGCCACUGGAUCGUUUGAUAAAACCUGCAGACUGUGGAGUACAGAAACCGGAAAAUGUUACCAUACUUUCAGAGGACAUAGUGCAGAAAUAGUGUGUUUAUCAUUUAAUCUUCAGAGCACAUUGGUGGCAACUGGCAGCAUGGAUACCACCGCCAAAUUAUGGGAUAUAGAGAAAGGAGAAGAAAUAGUCACUUUAAGUGGGCACUCAGCAGAAAUUGUUGCUUUGUCUUUCAACACCACUGGAGACAGGAUUAUCACUGGCUCCUUUGACCAUACAGUAGCAGUGUGGGAUGUUGGCACAGGCAGGAUGUUACAUACUUUAAUAGGUCACCGAGGAGAGAUUAGCAGUGCACAGUUCAACUGGGACUGUUCUCUCAUUGUCACUGGGUCAAUGGACAAAACAUGCAUGCUGUGGAAUGCUAUGACUGGGACACAUGUAGCAACUUUAACAGGUCACAGUGAUGAAAUAUUGGAUGUCUGCUUUGAUUAUGCUGGCCAGCGUAUUGCAACUGCCUCUGCUGAUGGAUCAGCAAGAGUCUAUAAUGCAGAAACAAAAAAGUGCAUUGCAAAGCUAGAAGGGCAUGGAGGUGAAAUUUCAAAGAUAUGUUUCAACCCUAAAGGCAAUCGCAUAUUAACAGCCAGCUCUGAUAAAACAGCUCGACUCUGGGAUGCUGCUACUGGACACUGCCUUCAGAUAUUAGAGGGUCACACUGAUGAGAUAUUUUCCUGCGCUUUCAAUUACAAAGGCGAUAUAAUAAUUACAGGGAGCAAGGAUAACACCUGUAGAAUAUGGCACUGA